CACUUAGUGCUUAUCUAUGUCCCGGUAAAUAUCGUCAAGGUUGUUUAGUCAGGUGAGUACCUCAUGCUGCUGAUAAAGUAUCAAAACAUUCUCUCGUGCCCCUACUAGACCACUGAAGUCAAGUGUACGACAAAAAAGAAAGAUAUCCUCUGAAGUGUUUUCAAUUCGUAACAUAUUAGCUAACAGUGCACCACAUCGACAACAACUACACAACUCUAUAAAUUACAAUGAUAAGAUGGCAUUUGUAACUUUGUCUGCCUAAAGCAUUCCCUGCAGCAGUCAUGCGAUUAGUUGGUGGUGAAAAUUUAUUGACGAUAUUGUGGAAAAGGGAGAAAGGAUUUUAUUUUGGCGGAAGUAGAUGAUCUUGGUGGCAGGUGUAGUUAACUCCAUAAUCGAUAACCUAUUACGAUAUUCUGACUUCCCUGACAGGCACGUACCCUGAGUGGUGAGUGUCGCUGCAUACUGUUCAUUUCGCUGGCCGCCACAGAGAUCGAGACGAGAGGUUCGGUACACCUUUCAUAGACAUCAUCGCAGUGAGAGAGCAGUCAGUGCAUCUUGUAGCAGCAGACCCAAAGAGCGGCCAUGGAGGUUGUUGAGAGCAAGAUUGUGGCCGGGGUCAUCAUCUUCCUGGCGACUCUGUUGAGCGGGGUGCUGCCCUACAUGCUGUUCCGGAGAGCAGCAGCGCGAGCCAGCGUCGUAACGGAAGUGCUUCAGGACAUCAUGCAAGCUUUCGCCUGCGGUGUCUUCAUCGCCACCUGCCUGCUGUACCUAGUACCUGAGGCCGAACACUCCAUAUCGCAUGCUGUGGAUUCAGACCUUCCAGUGGCAAUGAUUAUUAUCGCCUUGGGUGUCCUUCUCACUCUCUUCUUGGAGCAGGCCUUCAUAUUGUACUCCGAACGCAGCCAGAAAGGUUCAACCAUCGCUUUUGCAGGCCACCACCACCACCAUCAUCAACCUCAGCAUCAUCAUCAGAAGAAGUCCACCGAGUUCCAUAACGGUGUACUCACGAAGUCAGAUCCAAGCUCUGACCGAAGUGAGAAGACUUCCCCCAUGGCCACUACAUACCAUAAGUAUGGCAGUGUGGACGAUUUGGUGGACGGCAGUCUUGAUCAUGGAAAAGAACACACCAUGCUUGUUUCCGAAAAUGGCGUGAUUCCUGUCAGCAUUGACGAAAAAAAUCCUUUGCUGUUUGUUGACAAAGAUGGGACAGCUUUCCUGCCAGAAGACAAACGCACUGGCAGCACUACAUCAAACAAGACCAGCAGCAGCACGGCCAAGCAAGCAGAGAUCAUCGACUAUAAUUUGGAUAUCGUGAGCAAGAAUGAGACAUCAGCCAAGAUGAAGGAAUCCGUUUUGAGAUCAGUGGUGCUGAUCCUAGCUCUUUCCUUUCACACGGUUUUUGACGGUCUGGUCGUGGGCGUCCAAGACACGGAGGCCGAGGUCUGGACCUUGCUGGCAGCCAUCACCCUCCACAAAGCUCUGGAGGCCAUCAGCAUCUCGCUUAGCCUCGUAGAUUCUCACGGCCAGCAUCCCCGCUCGACCUUUCUGUACCUCUUCCUCUUUUCGCUCGUCUCGCCGCUGGGUCUCGCCAUCGGGACGGCAUUGACCGAGAGCAACAUCGAUGAAGAUGCUCAGAAUCUGGCUUCCGGUAUCCUGCAAAGCAUCGCGGCGGGGACCUUCAUGUACGCUACCUUUGUGGAAAGCAUGAAGGACCGAUACGAGGGCAGGUUCAGGCUUCUGAAAGUAUUAGUCACCGUCGUCGGGUUUGCCUGUGUGUGCAUGGUGCGCCUCUUCACCAAAGACCACAGUCACUAAUACUUACCUGCUACCUAUUCUACAUACAUUUUGAAACAGUUUCGAAGCAGUUAAUAAAAUUCAUUAAUAAUAAAAGCAUAUUUAUAGUGCACUCUCCCUCGUAGCAGCGCUUGGACAAAACAACUUAAAAGUUAUCUUAUUAUUUAUGAAUACAAAAAUACAGAAAGAGACAAAAUAAGAAGUGAGAAGGAAGAAAAUAUCAGUGAAAAUAUGCAGCCGGAUACCAGUGACUGGAAGAGUUUCUAAGGAAGAAUAGAAAAUAUUACAAUGGUGCUUUUGCAUUGACAAUAAUAUAAACAUUGAUUAUGUCAAGCAUUAUUAAGUUUUUGUUUAGAACCCAUUGAAAUUGUUGAAAAUUACUGUUGUCAUGUUAACAUUAUUGAUGCACAAUAUAUAACAUAACAGAUUAAUUUUCUAGAUCGUCGUUAAUAUCAGGCAGAAAAAAAAUUCCCUUCAUUUGUCUAGUUUUACAAAAGGUUUUGUUUCGCUCUGUCAGUUUUACACACAAAGGAUGAUUUGCACGAGCAGCUCGGUGCCCCGAGACCUCAGUCCACGUGGUGUGUACAUUGCGUGGCUGCACGUGCGCGGUCUGUGAAAAGUAAUUUUCGGAAAAAUCGUGUUCUGCUCAUUGCUAGUGAGGAUAGCAUUGUCUGUUUUUGUCUGGCAAGUAAUGAAUAGAUUUCUAUGUCCUGUGUAUGGAGCAGACAGGAGCCAUGCAGUCUUUCCCACCAGUGUUGUAUAAAUGCUGGUAUUGUUUAACGUGGUAACUUACAUUGCUUCAAUAGUUAAUAUGGUAGAUUGAGUUGUGGUAUAUCAAUAAUGGUAUCGUUUAAUACAGUAAUGUUGAUCAAUGUUACAUCAGUUGAACAGUUUUGACUUUUUUAAUGUCUUGAUUUAUUUUCGAUUAAUUUUUUAUUAUAUUACAGUGUGAACUACGCAUAUGAUCGCAUUUUAUAUAUCUUGUGUGUGUGUGUGUGUGAAUACACUCGGAGUUAUACGCUUGAAUGCAUUCAGACUUUACAUCAGUCCCUACGGACUGAGACCUCUACAUUCAUCGCUCAACACUCAACUCUUGAGAAGCCCCCUCAAUGGCGGUCUGGGGGUGCAACGGUUAGCACCUGUCACCAGUACACUGAGGGUUGGCUGUCCUGGGUUCAGCUUUCGUCUCGGGCACGCUGUUCCUUCUUGCAUGUGGCAUCUUAGACACGGAUGGCUGCCUUUCCGUGAUAUAACCUUAAGUGCUGGCUCGGCCAACACCAGUUCCCCCUCCUCCUCCUCCCUCAAUGGCGAUCAUCCUGGCGUGAGUGCAACUCACACUCCCCCCCUCUCAUCUUCAAAACUGCACGCCACCGUGGUGAGCGUGGAAACCACAUUCUCAGAACAGUCAGUGUAGUUUCCGAAAUCGAGAUCAGCUGAAGUUAGUUUCAAGAUAGUGUUUGCACUACUGAAUCCUUGCUUUGGACCUUGAAAGAAACAGAGCAGUUAGAAGACCGAUACAAGACACUAAUGGCGGAUUUAAUACCAAAAGACGAAUGCCCAACUAAUCACGAGCUCCAACCAAAAUCUCUACCUGUAGCCUCGUCGCCUUUUCGUAGUCCAGACCAUCUUUCUCUACAGCAGACCGAGUCACAAAAUGAAUCAGAUGAUAGUCCCGUGGACCGGUUUUACGAUCCUCUUACCCCGGAGGAGACCCCUUUCCCCAACCUGAUGCGAUACCUGCGUUAGAUACCUGUGUUCUGAUCUCAAAACUCAGUUGUCAGAAACAAGAAGAUGAGAGAAGUGGAGCCACUGUUACUUCACCCUGCGAACCAGGACCUAUAGUAUUGGAAAAGCAGUUGAGCAGCCAUGUAAAACAUGAUUCAGUACAGACAGGGUGUGCAUCUGAGACACACGAGGAGCAAAAAGAACAAUUAGAGGUGAAAGGCGAUGUCAAAGUCGGAUCCUUAAGUACCAGCGUCUGUCAUGACAGUGACAAAGAGAGAAACAUUCUCGAAGCUCCUUUUUCAACCGAUGUAGCUCGAAAAGAAGUCCAGGUGGUGUCAGAACCAGACGCAGACAGUCUCCUAAAAUUUCAGUUUAAUUCAGAAAUAAAAACAUAUACUACCACGCGUGCAUCUCCCACGAACUUCGCUGCUGUCACAGAAUCUAACCCGGAAGUAGUAUCCCCCUCCAUCUGUGGCCUGAUUCCGGUCACCUCCUCGCCUGAUGAAAAUACUUUGCACCGUCGCCGAACCAACAAGGAAGCAGCAGACAUUGCAGGACAGGUCAACUUUUUGCGAGGAACCAGAAGGUCAAAGUUCAAACCAGUGCUGGAAGUUCUGUGGCGAACUCAAGAGCUACCAACACGAAGACGUGGAAAGCCUUGAAAACCUUUGACCUCGUCGGGCGUCUGGCGGAAACCUCCGAUGUGGACCGAGUGGCGAGAAGAGAUGUCGAUGUUCUGUACUCCGUACUCGGCCUCACUGCUGAUGCUGGCAUCAAGGUUGCUGAAAAGAUUCUGGGGACUGAACGUGUUGAUCGCAUCGACGAGGUGAUAGCCAACUCGACCAGGACUUUCCAUGCCGCCUACCUCUCCCUGGCUCAGACGUCGGUCUGUACAACAGUGCGGGACACAAUCACCAGCUUCUGGAGUCGGACUUGUGUCGGUCGACUGUUCACGUUCAUCAGCGGCUGGCAAGCAGAAAAAGCCCAAAGCCUGUACCACAAAGUGUCCUGUAUCUACCAAGAUGGCGGAUUUAAAGAGAGCUUUUCAUCUGCAUCAGGCAAAGAAGAGCUGUGGCGUGUACCAGCAGUUAUUUCAUUUCCCAUCUUAAUUGCUGCUUACUGCGUGGCACACCUCCUGCUACUCUGUCACGUGCUGUGCCUCUUCCUGAGUGGCCGAGCAUGUGUGAAGGGAGGCAACAAGGCGGAGGUAUACGCUCUUCGUAGUUCUCCAAGUAAAAUCGAAUUUACUUCCACAGCAAAAUCCUCUUCAGACACAACGACUAAACGGAAACAAGGAUGCAAAAGUUCCGUUGCCAGGAGGUAAGACGAGGGCAACAGAAAUGGAGACUUGUAUGAAGAUGUUUCCCAGUGAAGGAUACUUCGUAAAGGAAAAUGCAGAUGAUCUGGUCAAGCUGAAGAUGGCACAUAUCAAGUCACCGAGAAGAGGAAUGCCUAGAAACAAAAUCGACUAAACAUGACGUAAGAACGGAAGAAAGCAAUGAGCACGCAUGCGCGGACAGUAGCACAUCCCGACAACAGCAAACAGCAGCAGUCACGUGACGCAUCGCUUCACGACAGUACCCCGGUCUCUGCAACUUCCGCCCUCUGUGACAAGCGAUGAUCUCGGUAAUUCUGAAAGCAGUGGUGGUGUUGACUCUCCGGAAAAGAGAAGAAAGCUGACACCUGUACGAAGAAUGACAGCUUUCUUGAGAAAGCAUGGCUAUCAGUUCAAGACACGGUUGGUGGCACCUUCAUCAACACCAUGCGAGAACCUGACCUUAGGACAGCAGUUCAUUUGUUUACUGCGAAAGAUUCCGGUGCUAGCUGACCUUCUGCGUGACCCCUGUGACCCCGUGACUCUGACCCAGUCGUGUUCCUGCUCGGCGCGUGUUCGUGUGUGGAUAACGAGACGACAAGACGAAUCCUUCAGAUGGUGCCCCCUAGAGCACCUAGCCAAAGCUUAAAGCGGAAGCUGGAUAACGUGUACCCACCCGAGUCAGACACGGGUGACGAGGUCUGGAAUCAAUCUGACGAGGAAGGUGACGACGAUCCCAGUCACGAUGUGCCUCUGACAAGGGAACUAACUUCUCAACCUCUGGCAGACAAAAGUGACAGGGACAAGGUUCGUGAGCUCGGGUUAAAUUUCACAAAACGGUUGGAAAGUGUAUCCGGGAAGAUCCCUCACCCUCCAACAUCCAAUCCGCCGAAAAGACAACUAGGUCGAAAGCUGGUGGUCAGGCUCUUGACAACUUUUUGAGGUCCAGCAACUCUCAGGAAAGUGGAGACGAAUGUGGUGAAAGCACUUUAUCUAAAACACAUUGACAUCAAUCAUUCCUUAUGAAUUGCAAGGGAGGAGUACAGAUAGAAAGAACUACUCUUCUGGGCUCAGAAGAGUUGAUUGAUCAUGGUCUCUAACUGACUAACCCGUUCAAUUGUUAAUGACCACUUAUAAUUUUGUCUACUUUUCUGAAAGGUUCUCAACAAAAGUUUAGGUUUGACUUUAGGGAAAAAAAAGCAAAGUGGUCGUCGGGUAUGUCUUCUCACUGGAGUUGUCACUGCUUUCAUUACAUUUAUUACAUUUUCUGAACAUUUAUUUGUAUUUCAACAUUGUAGUAAUUUUUGAUAAUGUGCUUAUCUGCAAAAUUAAUAAAUAUUAGCACUGUA